AUGGCAGUCAUCAAUCAAGUCCUCGUCGAGGUCUCGCGCUUUGUAGUGCGGCAGGCAGUUUCGUCGGACACUCCGACUUCUACCCUCCCGUCAUCUGCAGCCUCCUCUGCCGCACCCUCGACGACUUCACUCGAUCCCUCUUCCAUCACCCCGACUACAUCAAGUGACCCUCAGUCAACAACCCCCGCUGGCGGCAAUGGAGGAAACGGAGGGGGAGGUGGUGGUGGCUCCACGAGCUCGCCUCUACUCUUCUUCGUGGCUCUCGGUUUCGGCGUCGUAUUCACUAACCUCUGGAUCAUCGUUGGUGUCAAGUACUGCUUCCGCUACAACGCUCGCAACCGCGCUAUGCGUCUGAACGAGGACGGAGAGCCCAUCAACCUGGAGAACAUGCCUCGCCCGCACCGUCGCCGCCGUGAGAAGAAGUUAAUGACGAUGGAUGAGGUGAACGACAAGUUCCCCAUGAUGAAGUACAAGGCAUGGGUUUCCGAACGUGCCAGAGAGGGUCUCCCUACGGCCGGCGGCGUCUCCGCCCCGCCGAGUCGCGCAAAUAGUUUGCGUUCCGUCGAUGGCAUUGUUCCCGAGUUGCCUUCAAAGGAGAGGGAUUCGACUGAAGAACGCCCUGCUACCAGUACCGGUAACAAGGCAACCAUGUCCGAGAAGCAAUCUGAGGAUGCGACCAAAAAAGAAGGCGAUAACUCGACCGCGACUGCUGACGCUACUGGUGCCCCUGUGCAGUCUCCGACUUCUGCUACUCUCCUCCAGCGUGUCCAUAGUGAGGAUGACGAGGAGGAUGAUGAGCACAUCAACGCUGCUCUGCCUCCUGAACUGAUGGCCACGAGCGGUGAUACUUGUGCCAUUUGCAUCGACACCUUGGAGGACGAUGACGACAUCCGUGGUCUUACUUGCGGUCAUGCGUUCCACGCUGUCUGCGUCGACCCCUGGCUCACAAGCCGCCGUGCCUGCUGCCCUCUUUGCAAGGCCGAUUACUACACCCCGAAGCCUCGUCCUGCUCCCGAGGGUGACGUCAACGCUAACGGCGACAUGGCUCGCACCGCAUCUCGCACGAACAUGCCCAAUGCUCCUCCUGCUGCCUGGUAUAACCUCAGCGGCUCGCGCCUAGGAUUUGGUGGUCGCAACAGAGGCAAUCGACAGAACAAUGACCGCGCCAACCGCCGUCGACGUGCUCGCCAGCAGACUGCGACGAAUCCCAGUCCUAACCCCCCUCAGUCACCUCCUGUGGCAGAGAACCAAGAAUCCCGCGGUCUGCUCUCCAGCUUCCGCAUGCCCGUAUUCCGCAAUCCUCUCAGACGAGGGGAUCAGCAGCAGGGCAGCUCUCCCACCGCGUCUGGUGCGAACGUUACCCCGUCUCAGCUCGAAGCUGGUACUCAAAAUGCCACCGCCACGACUACGGAGGCGCGGUGA